AUGGUUGUUGGUAUGAAACAAUCCAAUUAUAAUUAUGAGUGGGAUCGAUUGAUGAUGAAUGAUGGGUGUUGGGGAGGAGGGGGUGACCGUAGAGGAAGGGGAUGGGGAUCACAACAAACCAAGAAUAAUGUAAUGACUACUAUCAUUACCUAUCUACAACAUCUACAUACAUACAUACAUAUUCACAUUAUACCAUUAGUUGGUCAUAUGAUGGAUCAAAAUCACCUAUCACAACAAAAUAACAACAACACCAAUGGUUCAAGUGAAACAGGAUACAAUAGUGCACAAUAUCAACAACAACUACAACAACAUCAUAACUUUACCGUCGGUAAAAAAGAAGAUAAUCUAGACGAAAUGGAUAUAAACAAUAACAACUUUGCAGACGUGGAGUAUGAGUUUAAUAACAACAACGCAUAUACAAACAAUGGUAAUAACAAUAACAUAUCAAAUAGAAGUAAUUCAAUGGAUGGUCCAAAAGAUGAUCAAUCUCUACAACAACAACAACAACAACAACCACAACAGCAACAACAAUAUCAUACUUCAUCACCAAUUGCUCAGCAGCAGCAGCAACAACAACCUCAACCUCAACAACAACAAUAUUAUAAUAAUUCUCAACAACAAAUGGGAUCAGUGGCAAUUCAAGGAUCACCAUAUCAUCCUCAUCAAAACAUGGUAUCACCUCCACCACAACAUCACAUUUCACCAAACCCAUCGCCGGGCAUAAAUCAUCAACAACAACAACAAUCUAUAAAUACACCAAAUCAAAAUAUGCACUCUCCUAUGAUUGGACCACAACAUACUAGUCCUUCGACACCGAUGCCGCACGUAUCACCAGCUCAAGUAUAUACUCCGAGUCAGCAACAGCCUCAAACCCCACAACCACCUCAGGCCUACUCGACACCCUUUUUAAAUAAUCCGCAAACCCCAACUACACCGCAGCUGCAACAGCCAAACACACCCAUCCAACAGCCACAAACGCCUCAGCAACAAGCUCAACAAUCCGUUGUAAAUAAGCCACCUCAAACUAUCACUCAACCUCCCCCACCUCUUCCUCUACCCCAGCAACAACAACAACAGCAGCCAACCGCUCAGCCUCAGCCAGCCGGUAUUUCUCCCGUACAUACUAUACCACAGCUUGUUGCAAGCAUGCCACAAUUUCAACAACAACAUUUACAACAACAGCAACAACAACAACAACAACAGGCACAAUUGAAUCAACAAGCACAAUUGAAUCAACAGGCUCAAUUGAAUCAACAACAGAAAUUGCAAUUACAAUUACAACAGGCUCAACAACAACAGGCACAGCUAACACAGCAACGGAUGACUGCGCAACCCCCUCAAUACCAAAUGCCAGGUGCACAAACACUGCCUCCACAACUCCAAUUAUACCAACCGACCCAAAUCCCAGCGUCACUCAAUCCCAAUCAAUUUUCAGCCUAUCCUCAACAAUAUGGUACCACACCAAGUCAAAUGCAUUUGUAUAGUUUGAUAGCUCAACAACAGCAACAACAAGCGCAACAACAACAACAUCAACAACAACAACAGCAGAUUUUUAAACAACAACAACAACAACCAAACACAAUUACACAGGCACCAACAUCACUACCAUUGCCAACAUCUCUGACCCAAGGAACGAAUCAACAACAACAACAACAAAUAUCUUCACCGGUGACAGCUUCCACCAAUCAACAACAACAACCAAUGACAUUUCAAACUAAUCCACAAACAUCUGUUUCUACUGCUACGACUGCCACCUCUCAAUAUCAACCCAAACCUUAUCCGAUUCAACAACUUCCCAAUAGUAAUGGUAAUAAUGUUGGAACACCUUUACAAUCUGUACCUUUGAUGACUGCCCAAGGAGCUCAAUUGACUCAACAACAACAACAAUUACUUAUUCAACAACAAUUACAUCAACAACAACAAUUACAACAAUUACAAGCACAACAGCAACAAGCUCAACAACAACAGCAACAAUUACAUGCACAACAAUUCCAUCAACAACAACAACAGCAACAAUUACAAUUACAAGCACAACAACAGGCACAACAACAACAACAACAACAACAAGCACAGGCACAGGCACAAGCUCAACAACAAGCUCAACAACAAGCACAGGCACAGGCACAGGCUCAAGCACAAGCGCAAGCACAGGCACAAGCACAAGCUCAACAAGCAGCUCAACAAGCAUCAGAAGAGAGUGAAAAGAAGAAAAAACGAAAGAGUGACAAGAAGAGAAAGAGUGAACUAGAGGCAUUCAAGAAAAAGUUUAAUGAAGCAAUGGUUGAAAGAAAGUUGGCAACUGAACCAGAUUACAAAACUCCAUUUCAAUCAAUCGAGGAUUUAAAAAAGAGAUUAAGUUGUUUUCAAAUAUUUUCAGAACUUGAAUCAUCAAUCGUUUCUGAAGAGAAAUGUAAAAAAUUAAAAAUAGAAACUUUUAAUACUGUAGAUAGACUAUUCAAGAACAUUUAUAAAAUAUCAGAGAAUCAAUUAAAAGAGGACAAUCUUUACAAGGAGGAUUUUUGUAUCCUUGAUCGAUUGAUUCAAAAUGAAGUAGGUGUAUUUAAAAUACAUUUACAACAUUUCCAACAACAACAACAACAACAACAGCAACAAGCUCAGUUACACGCCCAACAACAAGCUCAACAACAGCAACAACAACAACAACAACAACAACAGUUGCAACAACAACAACAACAACAAAAUACAAUGCAAUCACCAAUUGGAGGAAUGCAACAAAUGAGAUCUCCAAAUGGAACACCUAUUCUAACAUCGCCACCACCGGCAAUGCCUAUAUUGGUUCACCAACAAUUCCAAGCCCCACCACAACAACUUCAACUCCAAUCACCACCUCCAAUGCAACAACCAAAAAUAUCACCAAACAAUACUACUCCGGUCAUUGCUGCCUCGCCAUCACCCCAAUCAUCCAGCAGCGCAAUGCCAAGUACUCCGACCCUAACUACAAUCACUUCGCCACCUCCUCCAAUGGCUAUGAAUUUACAACAUUUACAACCAACACAAUCAACACAACAAAUAACACAGCAACCACCACAAUACAGUAAUAAUACUUUUGAAAAUAAUAAUAAUAAUCAUGAAAAUAAUAAUAAUAAUAAUAAUCAUAAUGGGAUGAUAAAUAAUAAUAAUAAUGAGAGUAUACAACAACAACAACAACAACAAUACAAUAAUAAUAAUAAUAAUAAUAAUAAUAAUAACAAUAGUAAUAUAGGCAAUACUAAUCUAACCUUUUUUAAAGAUCAACAAACUACAUCACCAAUAUUUCACAAUAAUAAUAAUAACAAUAACAAUAACAAUAGUAACGAAGUAACAUCUCCCUAUCAAUCACAACAACAACAACAAUUUAACAAACAACAAGAUAAUAAUAAUAAUAAUAAUAAUGGAAAUGGCAUGGUCUCAAGUAUACCUGUAUUUGUAAAAUUAAUUAAUUAG